CAUUUAAUAUAACCUGGAAAUUUUCUGUUUGUUUACAAGUCACCGACUCACAUAUAUUAAUGUAGUCGAAUAAGAUAUCGACCAAACUCCGCAUGUUUUAAAUAAAAAAUUCCAAGUGAAAUAAAAAAAAUGUUCAAAAACACGUUUCAAUCUGGCUUUUUAUCGAUUUUAUACAGCAUUGGCAGUAAACCAUUACAAAUCUGGGAUAAAAAAGUUCGAAAUGGUCAUAUUAAGAGAAUUACAGACAACGACAUUCAAUCCUUAGUACUAGAAAUUGUUGGGACUAAUGUUAGUACAACAUUUAUAACAUGUCCCGCAGAUCCAAAAAAAACAUUGGGAAUAAAACUUCCAUACCUAGUGAUGAUAAUAAAAAACUUAAAAAAAUACUUCACUUUCGAAGUCCAGGUACUUGAUGAUAAGAAUGUCCGCAGAAGAUUUCGUGCAAGUAAUUAUCAAUCUACAACUCGAGUAAAACCUUUUAUUUGUACCAUGCCUAUGAGACUAGAUGAUGGUUGGAACCAAAUACAGUUUAAUUUGGCUGAUUUCACAAGAAGAGCAUAUGGUACCAACUAUGUUGAAACAUUACGAGUGCAAAUACAUGCAAAUUGCAGGAUAAGAAGGGUAUAUUUUUCGGAUCGUUUGUAUUCAGAGGAUGAACUGCCAGCAGAAUUUAAACUAUUUUUACCUAUUCAAAAUAAAAGUAAACAAGCUAUGGCCACAUGAAUAUCACAUAGAUAUAAAAUAAACAAUAUGAUAUAAUCAUGUAUUUUAUAACCCAUUUGAGCAUUUAUAUUGGUAUGUCACAAGAAUUAAAAGGAAUCAGAUUUAUUAAUUCACAUUUGAUUUAAAGAAAAAUAUUGUAAAUUUUUAAA